AUGUAUGUUGAUCUCGAAAUUUUUUAUCGGCGGUACAUGAAGGUCAAUACAAUCUGUUGGGAUGACAGUGGGGAAUAUAUUUUGUCAGGUUCGGAUGACAGAUGUAUAGUCGUCGCAAAUGCAUUUUCACAGGAUCCUCCUAAUCAAAACAUAUAUAGCUUAAAGCUACCUGCCUACAGUAACAUUUUCACUGCAAAGUUUCUCCCCUUUUCAUAUGGGAGUGAAAUAGUUGUUGGUUUUAAAUGCGGUUGUGUUCUACAUGUUAACCCUAAUUCGUCAAUUAAAGACAGCUUAAAAAAUGUCUUCUGCCAUAAUUUUGCUGUUUACGAUAUUCUCACAAUGAGGGAGAUGCCCACAUGCUUUCUUACAAUAUCUCAUGAUCAAUCAGUAUCACUUCUGGAUACUAGAACUACCUCAGUUGUACGUGAGACUCAGAAUUGUAGUCGGGGUUGCUUCAGCAACAUAAAAUCACCAUGGUUUUCUAAGUUUUCUGCUGUUGAUCAGUUAAAAUUUAAAUUUCCGGUAACUGCUGGCGACAUUCAUCCCUUAGAUGGAUGUCGUUCCAUCGCACUGGCGACAGCUGAUGGCUUCGUCCGUCUUUUUGAUAUUCGGAAGCUGGUUAACACGGUGUCCUCCUCAGCAGCUAUGGGAGAUCCACCUGAACCUGUGCCAUUUCGUUUAGCUAGACCUCUUGGUCUACCUGCAAAGUUGACUUCUCACCAGACUUUUCGAUUAGACUACGGACCAGGUCACAUUACUUCAGUCAAGUUCGAGCCAGUUUUUGAAAAGGAUCACAUGCAGUUUAUGUUCCCGACUGGUCAUAAGCGGUCAGUUUCUUCGGAUCUAGGCGGAAAACAUCUACUUGUUAGUCAUAUGUACGCUCCUGUUUUCCUAUAUGACCUUAAAUCAGAGGAGCCUUUUGAGGAUUCUCAAGUAGAACAACCUGAUUGGUUACCGGAUAGUGAUGCAACCGUUUACAGUUCAUCACCAAGUGAAACUCAGGCUUCUCGAUCAUCAGAAAAUAGCCUUGCUUCGGAUCCCAAUAUCCGCUUAACCAUUGCUCUUUACCGGUGGCUUACACACCAUCGUUCCAGAGCCGAUUUGACUCCAGAAAGUGAGGCAACAACUGAAUCUCAGACAGUUUCAUCCAGCCAUUCAGAAUCCACAGCUGGACAAACUACCAACCAAGGUACCCGACAAGAAAAAAAACUUCCUAUCGAUUAUUUAACAAAUGAUUAUAUUUCUGAUGUGAUGAAAUCUGCUCCUAGAUGUCGUCAAGUGAUGAGCUAUUGUGGUCGUGAAUGUUGCAGCACUGCGAUCAAAGUAUCAACCUUUUGGGGGCGAAAUUUUAUCUUCUCUGGGUCAGAAUGUGGUAACUUGAUUGGCUGGAAUCGUGCAACUGGAAAGCCUGUACUUGCAGUCAAGGCGGAUUCAUCAGUAGUCAACCGAAUCAUUCCUCAUCCUCAUUUGCCAAGCAAGUUAACAUUGCCAUUCAUUGAUCAACAAGACUACUAGGAACCACUGCUUAGUUUCAUUACUUUGCUGCGCUAUAUCGAAGAAUAUUUUUUAGAUUAUAGUUUUGUUGAUUGGUCCAGCUAUCGUGUCUACCAACAACAAAACUAUUUGCCAUGUAUGCCACAAAAAUCUACUGAAAAGAAGAUUGAGUCGAAUGAUAUGGAACCUGGAUAUCUCAGAAUUCAUCGCUGUACUUUAGGCUCUAUUUUUGAACUUGGUAUCUCACGAGUUUGUAACCAAAUCCAUAUAGCUUUCUGUCGUUAGGGGAUUGGUAACAAUCGGUCUCGCACAAUAGUUUAGCUGAGCCUAUUGCUUGGAUCUUUACACUGCCACUGAACUACAUUCCUUACUUUAAUAAAUCACGGAUUCAUUUUCAAGAUUGUGUUAUAAGAUAACUUCCACUGAGGUGUUGGGAAUACAAAGUCCAAGUUAACUGUAUGGGCAAUGCCUGCAGUGUAAGUUUUAUAAACACUCUACUAUUUUCAAGCCAGAUAUUUAAAUCCUAAUGUAAAAACCUUAUGAUAAAAAUUUAACAAAUUAGGGGGAAAAAACAAUUUGUCACUUGGAGCAUUCAGUAAUUUUAGUUUCGUCGACAUAUUUGUUUAUUCAGGGCAUGUAAUCUAACGAUAUUCGAAUUUGAUGUUAAUGAAGUUGAGUACAGAAAGAAUAACUAUUGGUGCGGAAUGACAUAAUAUUUCAUUUCGCUGGUUUUAAAUCAACUGGUUACAACUUGAAGAAAAUAAAUUUUUCUAUACACCUUAGCAUUGCCUCUUAAUCUGACUUUAGUAUUUAUAUUCCUUAUUGUUCCGUGUCGUUCCUUGUUUACUUCAUUUUAUCGCAGUGUGUUUACGUGAUACUUAAAAAUUCCAGGUCAUAAGUGACUGAUGAGAAACCGAAAGAAUAAAAUGAUGUCAUGUUAUUCUGUUGGAGUCAUUGUAACUUUCCAAUUCAACUCUACAAAUGGAACUAUGGUUACAUUACUGAAGGAAGCGGGAGAUCGCAUCCUCGGUGCUCGCAACGGAUUAACACCAGAUGGAGAUAAAAGUAGUAGCUUGCAAAAAGAGUAUCACUUCCAGUUGCCACACUUCACAACCAAAUAAAAAUAAGGAGUCUCAUCAAAUCGAAUGUCUUUAAAGUAAAUGAAAAGUCAUCAUAUUUGAGUUUCCAAGAUUUUUAGCCGUUUCACCGACAGUUUUCAUCAUCAGUCCUUACACUUUGAGUACUUCUUUAAAAAAGGUGACCUGCGAUUUCACAUAAAGUUGAGGUGGAAUAUAUUUAAAUGCUCGCCAUUAACUUUAAAUACGUUAGUGCAUAUUUGCUACCUCGUUGACUGACAGCCUAUUCUAUACUUAACUCCAAUGUGAUUUUUUCUGUAUGCUCUCUACCUGCUGAGAAUACUCAGAAUACAUCUAUAUUUGCAAGCCUGUAUAUCCCUUAUGCCACCCACUUGCAACGUCCAGCUCUCAAAAACGUAGAGUAGGCUAUGACAGACUUUUUGUAAGUUUACAUCCUCUGAGAGGGUUUCAGUAUUUCACCUCUACCAGAGAUGACACAAGUGGCUAAUUAACGAAUGGGUCUUUCAUAUUCACGAUGAGAU